AUUAACUUGUCCAUCAUGAAGAGAGCAAAUGCAGAGCUGUCUACUUGGCUACGCAAGACUAGUGUAGUAGGAUCAUCUAUUGCUAUUCCAUAUUAUACAUCAGGGCGGCAGUACAAGAACAGCAAAUCACCAUAAACACAGUCGAAGAAAACGGUUCUAGUGGAUUUGACAUAUGUAAGCAUGUCUGAAGGGGAAAGCGUUGCACUAGUACUGCAGCUAAUGACAUCGGAUGCGCAAUGUCUCAACAGUCAUCAGAGGGUUUCAUGAAACCUGAACAGCCAGGACAAGCAGGCUUGGGUCCCAUGGGAAUUGACUACAUUCCCACAGAGGAGGAGAAGAGAGUGUUCAGAGAGUGCAAUCAGGAAAGCUUCUGGUACAGAUCUCUCCCUAUAUCUGUCAUUGGAAUGGGUGUCACUCAGUUUCUUAUAUCUAGAGUUGCUGGUGUUUUUGGGUACCUCGGAGGGAAGAUGUCAUAUAUGAAGACAUGUCAGGAGAAGUUUAAGAGCCUGGAGAAUUCUCCACUGGGGGAGGCGCUGAGACAGAGACAGCACCAGCAACAACCAAUGUUUACCCGCGAGCAGUCUGAGUUAAGUGAUCCGAACAAAGCCAAUUUUGAUCAGGCCUUUCAGCUUGAUGAUCAGAGAGAUCAAUCGUUCUCCUAUACCAGAGAUUUCACUUACAGUGACAUGCCCUCACCAUCCAAGUAUGACAGCCAGCUUCAAGCAGAACUAUCUAACAUUGAGGAGGACGAACAGAAGCAGCAUCCUGUUCUGUACGAAGAACUGCAGAGUAAAAACAAGGAAAUUUAUGAAGUCACAAUGAUUCAGAAAGCAGACACAUUGCUGAAGCCGCAAACUGAUAGAGGAAAGAAUAUAUAUGGAGACGCAUGGGAGGAGUGAGAGCUACCCUGAUACACACUGAUUUGGUCUAGAAUCGCUGACUGCACUUGUAACUGAUGUCUUUUAAAAUAUAGAUGUUUAACUGUGUCUAUGAGAUGUCCUGCCAAUGACUCCAUGUCAAGGAUCAUUAGUUAAAGAUGCAGCUGUUUGUUUUAUUUGAUUUAUCAAAAAUAUUGAAUUACACCUCAGCUAUGGGGGUAAAACUAAGUGGAUGUUGAGACUUUAAAAUCAUGUACUAUGUCACUAAUUGUGCAUUGAAUCUAAUCUGACUAUAAAGACUUGGUUGAUUCAGUCAUACAACAAAAUAAAACAAAUGUAUGCUAAAUUACCUAUAAGUGACAUGCCAUAAAAGUCAAGCUGGGCAUAUUUUAUUUCUGUACACACAUUGUACAUAAAUACACAGAAAUCAUUUUUAAGAAAAAAAAAAAAAAAAAAGAUGUCCCUGGCAUUUGGGGUGACAUCAAACAAGAACUUGAAGGACACUGUAAUUUAAGUAAUAUAAU